ACACCUGCGCGUGCAAGCCAAGCGCGUGUGGCCAAGCGGCCGUGUGUUCCAUGCUGACGGUCGCCGCUGCGCGAAUUGUGUGGUAGUCUUCGAAAGGCUCCAUCACUCGCGGUUUCUUCUCGACUCUUAACAUCGCCGGCGCCUAUUCGGAGCCCCGAAGCCAUCGCAAACAUGCUGGAUCUCGAAGAGAACUGCUACUUCGAGGAGGACAAAAUUGGCGGCGCAGCGGCGGGCGCAUGCUAUGUCUGAUGUGGCGUGUGGCUACCAGCUAGUACCCCAAGAGGAUCCAGACGACUCGCCGGAUACCUUCUACUUCACGAUGGAGGACCGCAUGGGCAUGACAGUGACCUCUGGCAGCGUGGUCAUCCAGAAGGACGAAAGCAACCUCAUCGGCAUCAGUAUUGGGGGAGGUGCCCCCCUAUGUCCCUGCCUGUACGUCGUGCAGGUGUUCGACAACACGCCGGCUGCCCGGGAUGGCACGUUGCAGUCUGGUGACGAGAUCGUGGGUGUCAACGGCACUGCCGUCAAGGGCAAGACCAAGGUCGAGGUUGCCAAGAUGAUCCAGAGUGUCAAGAAAGAAGUGACGAUCAACUAUAACAAGCUCCACGCGGACCCGAAGCAGGGCAAGACGCUCGACAUAGUGCUGAAAAAGGCCAAGCACCGCAUUGUCGAGAACAUGAGUUCUACUACGGCAGAUGCUCUCGGUCUGAGUCGGGCCAUCCUCUGCAAUGACAGCCUGGUGAAGAAGCUGGAGGAGCUGUCGAGGAACGAGCAGAUCUACAAGGGCCUCAUGGAGCACACCCACAACAUGCUCAAGGCCUACUUUGACAUGUGCCACGUUUAUCGCACAUUCGGUGAUGUUUUUGCCGAGAUCGGAGUUCGUGAGCCCCAGCCCAGAGCCAGUGAAGCCUUCACGCAUUUUGGCGAGGCCCACCGAAGCAUUGAGAAGUACGGCAUCAAACUGCUCAAGACUGUGCGACCCAUGCUGAGUGACCUGAACACCUACCUGAACAAGGCUGUACCGGACACCAAAUUGACCAUCAAGAAGUAUGCAGACGCGAAGUUUGAAUACCUGUCGUACUGCUUGAAGGUCAAGGAGAUGGACGACGAAGAGUACGCCUACCAGGCGCUGCAGGAACCACUCUACCGGGUGGAGACGGGCAACUACGAGUACCGCUUGAUUCUACGCUGCCGUCAGGACGCCCGCGUGCGCUUUGCCAAGCUGCGCUCUGACGUGCUUGUCAAGCUAGAGCUGCUUGACCAGAAGCAUGUGCAGGACAUAGUGUUCCAGCUGCAGAGGCUGAUAGCCGCUCUGUCCCAGUACCACAACGACUGCCACGGGGUCAUGAAGGACAGCUGCAUCUUCCCCAUAGAGGUGGACCUGUCGCGCUCGACGUUCCACUACCCGGACCCAUCCGUCAGCCCCUACCAGGACGAAGAAGAAGAAGAGGAAGAGGACGAUGAACUGCUUUCGGCCGGACCGGGGCCAUCCACAGCCGAUGACAAUGGUGCCAGUGCCGCAGCCAGCUCGACGACAUUGGUCGCUGCUGCUGUUGAGAAGUCCCUGGUUCUCAACGACUAGUUGGAGCUGCUCCAGUCCCAACCUGUCGGGGGGCCAUGGUGUCCGGAAGCCACCAUCUUGGCCCAACUGACCGGAGCACCAUGAAGCUCAAGUGGCUAGUCAUUUUUUUUCUUGCAGCCUUCUGUGCUGCCUAGUCAGGACUUUCAAACAGGUGCCUGAAGAGGUGUUUUUAUAAAUUUUUGCCACUGCAACAAAUUCUCAACUGGUGCAGUGGUGUCUGAUGCAUUCCACAGCCACACAGGCCUACCCUCCUGCUUUGGGUUCUUAUGCCGAGUAAUUCCAGCUGCAGUUAAGGGGGGACACGGGUCUUAGAAGGCCAAAAAUCGCAAAAAAAUCGACUGUUUGAAGCUGACGUUUUCGAAAUCUGCACCUAUUUUAGCACUUAUCUGAGAAGUUUCUAGCUUCUCGCGUCAUUAUUUCUGGCACAAAA